AUGGUGGGUACUAGUCCUCGCCAGACAAUCAGAGCAACACCCAGGCGAUGUCCUGGGAUGGGAUCACUCCGUUUCCUGAUCUCCAAAGGCUGGGUGGAUGUCACCCGGAACACCAGCGCCCUUUCGGUUAAACCUGAGGGUGGGAAUGGAAACAGGUCCUCACUGUCCCCUGGUGUCCUCCAGCCCAGCUUUUUCCCCACCAACCCGUCCUGGCUGAUGAGGGUGUGGUGUGGAUGGGGGCUGACAUCAUUUAGGUCACCUGUCUUUACAUUUACAUUUUACAUUUUAGUCAUUUAGCAGACGCUCUUAUCCAGAGCGACUUAGUUAGUGAGUGCAUACAUUUUUAAUACUGGCCCCCCAUGGGAAUCGAACCCACAACCCUGGCGUUGCAAGCGCCAUGCUCUACCAACUGAGCUACAGGAGGAUCUCCUCUGAUCCCAGUCCAGCAUGUUCUCUAACAUGUUCUGUACAAUGAGGGAGGGGAUGUAGCUCAAAGAAAUGGCGGAAAAUUGGCGUUCACAGCAAUGCCGAGCUGGAGAUUGGAAACUGAGCUGUUGUAAUUACAGGCUGUGGAAUAGAUGUGGUACCCAUUAACCAAAAUUGUUGAAUCAUCAGAAAUUGCUCAAGGUUUCUCUGCCAUGGUGGUGUCCAAAGAAUGUGUCGAACUCUUAGCCCUUCCAUAGUUUUAUUGUGUUCCAAUACCUACAGCAAUGAUCUGGCGAAAUUCUCGUCUGCUUGCGUAAAUGCAUUUUUGUGCUUUGCUCAUCUUUUUUUCUUUUUCUUUGAGAACUUUGGCUAAAAGGCUAUAGCCUAGUGUCUGUCUACCACAUUUUCAUACAAAAGGUAACUUCAUUAAUUAUUCAUUUGGAGUCCAAAUGACACUGUGGAUGAUUCAUCUGAUAUAUGGAAUUCCGACCCUCAUUUCAUCCUAAUUGGUGUGUAGAAACAUAGCUAGUAUUUAUUGAGAAAGCAAUUGAGGUCGCUGAGAAUCCCUUACUGAGGUUGGCCUAGAAUUGUAUGCAAUUAGAGUGUAGGACAAGAGAGUUUUUACAGAGGUCAUGAUGUGCUCAGAUUUCUACUGAGCUGAAACUAGAUCCUGUUGAAAUUGAAAAUAUUGGCUUUUUGCAGCCUUUAUAUUUAGGCACUAUUUAGACAAUGCUUCUGUAUUUGAUUUCUGCAUGCCUUAGUAGACUUUUAUUCCAAGUAAUACAUGUAAAACUCCAUCAGCUCUUAGGUAUUUGAAACAUCUGUAAUUUUUUUUUUUUUUACUGUACACCAAUGUUUUACUCUGAAUGUUUUAGUGUCGUUGUUGCUUUUAAUGCAAUAAUACCUUCAUCUACUAGCAAUGUGCCGCUGUUGUGAAACAGCAUCGUUCUCUGUAUUCUUCUCUCUCGCCUUCAUCUCCUCCCUCCAUCCCCUCCAUUCUCGACCCCUCCAUCUCUCCCUCCAUGUAUGUUAAAUAACAUUAUUAUAACAUAGGCUAUCUAGGUGUCCAGUGUAGUCCUCACAGUCAGAGCCAGGGGUGAUUCAAACAAUCCAGUGCUCCACUCGGAGUGCUCCUCGAGAACCCUAAUUAAAAAAUAAUCAUGACAACGGCGGGAUUAUCCCUGCUGCCAGGUUCUUCUGGAUCAUUAGUUUGGAGAGGGGGAGAGAGCAAGAGGAGGAGCGGUUUGGGAGAGCUCCGCAUUUAAUAAAGUUCCGUGUGACUCCUUCGGGGCUACCAACUUCCAUAUGUUCUGAGUGAGCCCCAAGUGGUUCUUUAUCAGGAAAAAAGGACUGGGAAAGAAAGAGAGGAAGGGGGAAAGAGAGGGGUGUGGGGUAGGCCUACAAUUGCAAGAUCCACACUGAAAUUGAGGUGUUCUGACAGAUUUUUGGUAUCGGACAGGGAAAAUCCAUAUGUUAGCAAUUUGGUUAGAAGUGAGUAUAAGUUCCUUAAUCUCACAUAGCAUCAAGCCCCAGUAGAAUAUGGUCCAUGUAGAAUAGUGUGAUAUUUUGAGGAGAUAUGUGUUUUAUGGGCAGAGGGGGGAGAGAAGAGGAAAUAUGGUUGGUGUGACCCCCCCCCCCCCCCCCAAUAAUACAGGUCAAGAAUAAUCUAGAUAUUUAUAAGAAAUCGCUGACUUUAGGUUAGUGUGUGUGCAUGUGUCUGUUCGCGUCUGUGUGUGUUAGAGUAAGCACCAUAGCCAGGCUGUAGUGCAGGUCCCUGUCCCAGGGUGAUGGAUAAGUGGAUUUAUUGUGACGGCGGUGUCAGUGGAUUCCCAGAUUUAUGGCCGCUCAGACGUGACUCAUGCACAGCCCUCAAUGGCUUUGGUUAUGAGUGUGGGAGAAAGGAAGCCCCACUCAAUCAAAUGCCAGUCCAUAAAUAAAAUGGGCCAUGGCAGGCAGGGCAGCACAAUUCUAAUGGCAACAGCAGCCCGUACAGCAGGUACUCACACACACACACACACACACACACACACCAAAACGCCGCCUGGAAAAGUCAGAGGAGCGGGCGUAAUACUUUCUGAUUCAGAUUGAUGAGAAUCUAAUCCACCUUAAGGUCACUUCAACAUCCAAAAAACGGCAAUUGGAGGCUGGUGUAAGUUAGCUAGGUUUCAGAAGCUCAUUCUGAAUGCGCUGGCCGUUGGGUUUGGGGUAAGGCAAUGUUUUUCCCACUUAGAUGGGGAUGACUCACCACUUUAUCUCAGCCUCUAAGCUCACACACGCCGACUCUCAAACGUUGACUCAUGAUUUGUGUUCUUCCUUCCACAGAUAUAGCCUAGCUAACCAUUACGCGAUGCUGGCACAUCAAUUUAAAGUUGCCCCAUAACAAUAUCAAUAAUAGUCGCCUUAAAAGGGACAUCAGCAUUUUAAGUAACGAGGCUUCUCACCGCUGUGGAAGAACUGUAACAGAAAAGUGCUCAGUAAGGCUGGUUCAUGCAGUCAAUAUCUCUCUCCUAAAUGAAGAUAUCACUUAACUGAAAUGAAAUGAUUUGGUACUGAACAUCACCACAUCACAUCAAUGCUGUUGGCUGAUGAUUCCGUAGAGAAAAUGUAAAAUCCUGAUUCCCCUCCACUCCCAAUAGACUUGGCGUUCUGUGAACUCAUGGUCCCUAUCCCCAGGGGGAUCGGCCAGGAGCAGAGGCGGGUAGCUUUGACCAACAUCCCAAACCCCACCACCUCCCCAAUUUCCACCUGAGCACAGUUCCAAGACUCCCAGACUAAUUUAACACAUACCCUCCUCCUUUCUUUCCUCUCCCUUUUAUUAGUGUGAGCACUGAGGAGAACCCCUCUCCUCGGACAAACACUUGAGGAGCUAAGACCUUACUAAUCCUCUGUUGAUGCUGAUCUCCACAGGCGGCGAGGAAGAGGAAGAUCUCCAUUCUGAAGGCCCAGGGGAAGAGUGCCGAGGCCAUUCGCGAGCUCAACGAGUAUCUGGAGCAGUGAGUAGUGUUUUACAAGGGGAUUUGGACGACCUCCUCCUCAUCCGCACCUCCCCUGGUCUUUUUAAUUAAAAGGGGGUUUGGAUUCGAUUUGAGCCGGGCUGGGCCACAACCUGUCCAUGAGACCCCCCCAACCCUGCUCAACCCCCCAUCUUGGGAGCUCUGCCUGUCUGCCCUGUCCGUCUAUGUUAGCCUAGUUAUAUAAUGCCAUGAUUUGGAUUGAUUUGAAACGUUGAGAUUUCAGCUGUUGUACUAUACAUUAGAGAGGUUAUUGUUGAUGAUCCUCAAUGGGAGACUCCCUAAAUUUCUCACUGUUUUUACAGGUUCGUCGGGGACCAGGAAGCGUGGCACGAGCUGUCGGAACUCUACAUCAACGAGCACGAGUAAUCAUCGCAUUUCUUUAUCACAUUAAUUUAACUCAUUAUUACAUUUUAGUCAUUUAGCAGACUCUCUUAUCCAGAGCGACUUACAGUUAGUGAGUGCAUACAUUAUUUAAUUUUUUUCAUACUGGCCCCCCGUGGGAAUCGAACCCACAACCCUAGCGUUGCAAAUGCCAUGCUCUACCAACAGAGCUACAUCCCUGCCGGCCAUUCCCUCCCCUACCCUGGACGGCCAAUUGUGCGCCGCCCCAUGGGUCUCCCGGUCGCGGCCGGCUACGACAGAGCCUGGAUUCGAACCAGGAUCUCUAGUGCCUUAGACCACUGUGCCAUUCGGUGCCCACAUUAUCCUACGUCACUUGUGAUUAAUUUACCCACAUUGUUUUUACUGACUUAUUCCAGUGGUGAGUACUGUGCCAGCAGUGUGUCAGCACUCCCUGGUGUCAAGACCUGGAGGCGGCACCUUAUCAUAUCUCCCAGGGGCAUCUGUCAGCUUCUAACAGACUCAGGGGGGUGAGACAGAGUGGGGAGUGUCUGUAAGCAGUAACUCCUCUCCUCUCCCAGUCUCGGUGGCUGAACUGACGGCUUGAUCCCAGAGGGGAUGUAUUAGGAUGGGCACAAUGGAGAGGGGCGGUGAAAUGCCUAACUCAGCCAGGGGUCUGCUUUGAACCCCUGUCUUUGUUUGUCACAUGGAGAGGAGGGUAAUAGGAUUUAGUCCCUAAGCCCCCCACUCAUACGUAUGGGGGGUAAGACAACCUCCUACUGAUAUCUCUGUUGCCAGGGGUAAUUGUCAGCCUCCCAAGACAAGAGCAUUGCAAGAAAUGUUUUUGUUUUGUUUGUGUCACUUUUUGUCCCUCAUUAAUUGUCUUGGGGGCUUAGGAGUCAGGGAAGCAGCCGUCUUUCACGGAGGUGUGUGUGUAUGUGUGUGGUUGUGUGAGCAGCACACCGGCUCUGCGGUCACCCUGGCAAGAGGGCAGUGUCUGCAGGAAUGUUUAGCGUAGUGAGAGGGCUGCUUAUUGGAUAUUUCAUGUUUUUGUCCCGAGUGGCUUUAUUGCUGUAGUAGCGGGAGGAAAUCCAGGGGUGAGCGGAUUAUCUCCCAGCUUAGCCCAACUUUUCUAAUAUCACCCCAUUCACUCCCCGAGCCCCUUAUCUACAGGCGUGUCAAUUUCUUUUCUCUUUUCUGUAUUUUGGGUUACAAACGCCCUUUUUCCCCCUCCCAUCCUCUUCCGGACAGCAUGGCAUUAUCGCCUUUCUUUUCCACAGAGAGAGAGGGAGGGAGAGUGGCUGCAGAGAGAUUCCCAGGAGAAGUUGGUGGCACUUUCUUUCCAGAGCCAGAAAAAACCGAGGCUGAUGGGGAAGUGAGGAAGAGAAAUAAACGAUUCCGCCCUCACUGUGUAGCGCCCCGCAAGCUAAAAAUAUACAAAUCGCUCACGGAUUCUCGCCUGCCAUUGUUACAUGGCUCUACAGGCAUCAGUGUUCAAACAUUAUGACAGUAAUUAAUAGCCUAACACAGUGGAAACUUUUUUGAAUAAUCCUCAUACCGCUGAGUGAUAUUCGGACGUUACUGAGAUUGCGCCUUUUUGUUAUUGUUGCGAUUGAACCGUUGAGAUGCUUCGACUCAUUGAGAAUCAUCUGAGCUUUUAGUGCUGUUGAAGUAGUCUUUAUUGAACUACUGUCUAUCGGUUCAGAUUGGCCUGGUCAUCCGACAGAGCAUGAUGACUUUCUGUGGUCAGUUUUGCACAGUCUAAUGGCGGAAUCUUGAUCCGUUUGCCCAGUCUAGUUGGGGAAAAACUUUGGGCUGGAAUUCAGUCAAACUGUGGUAUUACAAUUGGUAGCACCAAAAACCAACCGUUGUCUGGUUUGGUGUUCAAAGAAAACAAAGCAAUUGUGUGAGUCAUACGAACAGUGCUACCACCCCGAGCUAGCACCGUGGUCUCUGAGCCCAGGCUUAGGGAGUUGGAGCUGAGUGGUGGUAUGAUGGUCGGAGGGUGGAGAUUGGAGGGUGCGGUACUGCAGUCAGCCAGGCCUCUGCCUGGUGAUGGAGGCUGCCUCUCCACUCUCCUCUCCGCUGCAGGCCGGGGCCACUGCAGGAGCACAUCUGAAAGUCUUUAUGGGGAGGAAGUGGUAAUUGUAAGCAGCCCCCCAACCUUCCAAAUACCCCGAUCUCUCUCGCUCUUUCUCUCUCUCUUCUCCCCCCCCCAGUUUCUCUCCCUCUCACUCCAACUCGCCCCUCGCGCUCCCCCACCACUCUCAUGGUGUGGCUCUCUGUCUUUGAAGUCCUUUAAACAGACUCUAAAUGGGCCGAUAGUCUCUUCAUGUCGUGCGAGGCAGCAUUUGGGCCUGUGUUCCCGCCAAAACACCCAACUUGCGUCAACGUUUUGUUUCCCCUCCUCUCUCCCUCGCUGGCAGUGAAAUGGCUACAGAUUAGCAUCCAUAUCUUGCGUCAUUUAGGAUCCCACAAGCACCAUUUUGGUUUUUCUGCGCAUUUCCAAGCGCUGAUACAGCAUAUGCUGGAUCACGUACAGUCUCUCUACACUAGAAUUGAAUUCUGUUUUUUUGUGUGUUUUGUCCGAUUUGGUUUAAUAGCCCUGUUUUAGUGUUCUGGGGUCAUAUGGUUUAUGUAGUCUGUCAAGGCGUGGGAAUUGUGUGUGUGUGUGGACUUUGUAAUUCUGACUGUGUGCGUCUGAGUGAUAAACUUGCCUUCCCUUGGACGGGUCCCCUGAAGGGGAAACUGUGUAUUAGAUGUGGAAUGGCUGCAGAUUAGCGUGAGGUCAACAGCUCAGCAGUCUGAGAAGUGAUCUCAUUUGAGUAGGGCACAGUGUGCCAGUUCCUACUGUAGCGCUGACCUCAGGAAGGUAUUUAACUACACAUUACCAGAGUGAAAAACACAUCCCCAGACAGACAGAUUGAUCCUGUUUGUCUGGAGACCCCCGCUCUUCUCCUUUUCAAUGUUCCACUUUCCAAAAUGGAAGAGUUUCGCCAAUAUAUACAUAACCACAUAGGCCACCAGAUCCCCUUAGUCUGCAAAUAAACGUAGUUUGUUGGAUGCAUCUUCCUAGAUCCAAACUUGCCAAAAUGGUACAGUAAACCAAGGCAGCAAUAGAACUUUCUGCAGAACAAAUGUACACUCUCGGAUUGGAAUGGGUAGACUACAUCACAGAUGAAAUAGAGCACAUUUCCCCCCUUACUAUUUUAAAGCUGAAAGAUUAAAUGUCCAUCGCUAGUAGUCAUCAAUCUAUUCAUUGUUUUCCCUUGUUUCCACAGCUAUGGAAAAGCAGCUUUCUGUCUGGAGGAGCUGAUGAUGACCAACCCUCACAAUCACUUGUACUGUGAGCAGUACGCUGAGGUAGGUAUGACUCUCUGCAUGUCCGUCAUCAAGCGGCCUAACUAUGGAAUAAUGUUUCCCCCAGCCCUCUACGUGAAUGGAGGAGCCGGCCGCUGCACUUAACGUCAGUGGGAAUACACGCUCAUGAAUGUCGAAAUGUUUACAUGGCUUGUCAUGUCGUGCUUAUUCAGAUGCCAUGUAGGCAUUGCGUAAGCCCCCCUCAAAUUUUAAUGCCUUGUCUCAUAGGUGAAGUACACCCAGGGGGGGCUGGAAAACCUGGAGCUGUCCAGAAAAUAUUUUGCCCAGGCUCUGAAGCUGAACAACAGAAACAUGAGGGCCUUGUUCGGUCUGUAUAUGGUGAGUUCAAACGUCUAACCGUCGCAUGAGGAAAGGAGCGAGGGAGGGGGUGAAAGAGCAACAACUCAUCCCUUUUCUCCUGUGGUUUGUCAAAAUGUGCAGGCCUGCUACUGGCUUUGUGUAGUGACCACAGAGCCCAGCUUUCAGACAGGUCAGGUCAAUGCUGACUCAGUGGGUAAACCCCCCGGCUUGGAAAAGUCUGCCCCUUCAAGCUCUCUAUUUUGGUGAUAUUAUCCCUCUAGGCUUUUGUACGGGACCUUUUUCAUGUUUAGGACCAAAAUGACUAAAAUAAAUAAGAGCAGUGGCAGUAUGAAAAGGGGAAAGAGAGGGCCACUGCCUCUCUCUGUCGCAGGCAGCCCCCAGCCCCGGCCCAGGUUAACGUUUUGAUUUUGUCUGCGCCAAAUGCCCCCCUUUCAUCUGCAUAUUUAUUUAAACAGGAAGUUGUCCAUUAGCACCAAUGCAUCAUAUGUAAGUGAGUCCUGACAUAAGAACACAAACGGAGAGUGCAGGAAUAAGGGUGGGUGGAUGGCCAGAGCAGAGAGAAGCAGCGACACAGGCCUUCCAGUGUUUCCUCUCACAGGGGUUCAGGCAGUCAAAACAUCUCAUACACGGAAAGGGGCACAACCACUGGAUCCGUUCAUGGUCUUUGAAGGGAUAUCUUCACUUUUAUAGACUAACCUUUAUUUUUCUAAAAGUAGUCUAUGGGGUUAAAAUUAGCUAACGUUAGCAGUGGCUAUUUAAACAAAUUCAAACCGUAGGUGACUGUCUCUCCUUGCCCAUAGACUACUUUCAGGGUAAAUGGAAAAAGGAGUCGGGAGAGGCGAAGGUCGAGGGCCAUGCGUCCUCCGAAACACGACCCCGCCAAGCCGCACUGCUUCUUGACACACUGCUCGCUUAACCCGGAACCCAGCCGCACCCAUGUGUCGGAGGAAACGCCGUACAGCUGGUGACCGAAGUCAGCAUGCAUGCGCCCGGCCGCCACAAGGAGUCACUAGAGCGCGAUGGGACAUCCCGGCCGGCCAAACCCUUCCCUAACCUGGACGACGCUGAGCCAAUUGUGCGCCGCCUCAUGGGUCUCCCGGUCGCGGCCUGCUGCGACACAAACCGGGAUCGAUCCCAGAUCUGUAGUGACGCCUCGCAGUGCCUUAGAUCGCUGCGCCACUCGGGAGGCCGUAAUUAUCUUUUUAUGCACUUUUCUCUCUACACAUUGAUAAGAGCGAUUGAUAAGCGCUGGGUAAAUGAGUAAGCCGUUUGGAUAAGGGGAUUGUAAAUAUACAGUGGGGGAAAAAAAGUAUUUAGUCAGCCACCAAUUGUGCAAGUUCUCCCACUUAAAAAGAUGAGAGGCCUGUAAUUUUCAUCAUAGGUACACGUCAACUAUGACAGACAAAAUGAGAUAAUUUUUUCCAGAAAAUCACAUUGUAGGAUUUUUUAUGAAUUUAUUUGCAAAUUAUGGUGGAAAAUAAGUAUUUGGUGAAUAACAAAAGUUUCUCAAUACUUUGUUAUAUACCCUUUGUUGGCAAUGACACAGGUCAAACGUUUUCUGUAAGUCUUCAAGGUUUUCACACACUGUUGCUGGUAUUUUGGCCCAUUCCUCCAUGCAGAUCUCCUCUAGAGCAGUGAUGUUUUGGGGCUGUCGCUGGGCAACACAGACUUUCAACUCCCUCCAAAGAUUUUCUAUGGGGUUGAGAUCUGGAGACUGGCUAGGCCACUCCAGGACCUUGAAAUGCUUCUUACGAAGCCACUCCUUCGUUGCCCUGGCGGUGUGUUUGGGAUCAUUGUCAUGCUGAAAGACCCAGCCACGUUUCAUCUUCAAUGCCCUUGCUGAUGGAAGGAGGUUUUCACUCAAAAUCUCACGAUACAUGGCCCCAUUCAUUCUUUCCUUUACACGGAUCAGUCGUCCUGGUCCCUUUGCAGAAAAACAGCCCCAAAGCAUGAUGUUUCCACCCCCAUGCUUCACAGUAGGUAUGGUGUUCUUUGGAUGCAACUCAGCAUUCUUUGUCCUCCAAACACGACGAGUUGAGUUUUUACCAAAAAGUUAUAUUUUGGUUUCAUCUGACCAUAUGACAUUCUCCCAAUCCUCUUCUGGAUCAUCCAAAUGCACUCUAGCAAACUUCAGACGGGCCUGGACAUGUACUGGCUUAAGCAGGGGGACACAUCUGGCACUGCAGGAUUUGAGUCCCUGGCGGCGUAGUGUGUUACUGAUGGUAGGCUUUGUUACUUUGGUCCCAGCUCUCUGCAGGUCAUUCACUAGGUCCCCCCGUGUGGUUCUGGGAUUUUUGCUCACCGUUCUUGUGAUCAUUUUGACCCCACGGGGUGAGAUCUUGCGUUGAACCCCAGAUCGAGGGAGAUUAUCAGUGGUCUUGUAUGUCUUCCAUUUCCUAAUAAUUGCUCCCACAGUUGAUUUCUUCAUACCAAGCUGCUUACCUAUUGCAGAUUCAGUCUUUCCAGCCUGGUGCAGGUCUACAAUUUUGUUUCUGGUGUCCUUUGACAGCUCUUUGGUCUUGGCCAUAGUGGAGUUUGGAGUGUGACUGUUUGAGGUUGUGGACAGGUGUCUUUUAUACUGAUAACAAGUUCAAACAGGUGCCAUUAAUACAGGUAACAAGUGGAGGACAGAGGAGCCUCUUAAAGAAGAAGUUACAGGUCUGUGAGAGCCAGAAAUCUUGCUUGUUUGUAGGUGACCAAAUACUUAUUUUCCACCAUAAUUUGCAAAUAAAUUCAUUAAAAAUCCUACAAUGUGAUUUUCUGGAUUUUAUUUUCUCAAUAUCUGUCAUAGUUGACGUGUACCUAUGAUGAAUAUUACAGGCCUCUCAUCUUUUUAAGUGGGAGAACUUGCACAAUUGGUGGCUGACUAAAUACUUUUUUCCCCCACUGUAAAUGACAAUUGUAAUGUAAAUGUAAAUGACCAUGCCACCGUCAGUUAUACCUACAUACAUUUAGAACUGUCACUUAAGUGUUCCUUUCCUUACAUUUUGCAUCAUUCCAUUACAUAGUUAGUUUACCUUUCUUUCCUCUUUCAGAUUUGUGUGGUUGUUCCUGAGGAUCGCUAGCAAUGGUGGAUCAUAUUAGGCUAACGUAUUACAAGUUGUGCAAUCGUUUGCGACAUGUAGCCUAUUUGAAUCAUUAUGGAACGCAGACCAUACAUAGCAGUUUAAACCUGGAGCCUGGCGCACGGUUCACAACGACUGGACUGUUCUCAUCACAGUUCCAGGAUCAGGGUAGACUUAUUGACUACUGUUCAACCCCUACUGUACACUUACCUUCCAAUACUUCAUGGAUUGAACAAUUUGAUUGUCAGCUUUCAGGAUGAAUCGAACCACUGUAUUUUUGAUUCACCAAUAUAUUUUGUGCGUAUAGGCUCUCCAAACCUGUUUUUUAUUAUUAUAUAUAAAUACUUUCCUAAUCGUAGAUAAUAUACAAGAUCAGAGUUUUUUUUUACAUCUUGCAAUUGGUGCUGAAAAGGAGACAAAUAUCCGUGUAUUUAGGCCUACAAGGCUUUGUUUCACUGAUCCCUAUUCUGAACCGUUCUCUCCAUAUAUUUUAGUGAGUCUGUCGAGAAAAUUCAAAUUGAAGGUACACCAAAUUAAAAGGGAUGGCUUUAGAUAAAUGUACUGAAAACUCCACGAGAAAAUCUGUUGGGCAGCAAGUGGGAGGGUUUUCAGUGGUUGAAUUAAAUGUAUUCAGCGCGCUCAAGGGAACCAUGCCUGCAAAGCCCGUUACGCACCUGCAUAAGGUAAGUCUGAAUACCAACUACUGAGAAGUGUGUAGGAAAGGCAUACGUAGUUACACAGAGGUCUUUAUGUUCCUCUGUCAAAUCAUCCACUGCCACUUGUAUUUUGGCCUAACGCUGGUUUCAGGUUUAAAUUUGAUCAUAAAGUGUGUCCAAGUUAGUUCCUGACAUGGGAUUGUGCUAAGGCAAUGACUUUCUAACCAUUUCAUCUGAUUCUGGUUGACAGUGAAGCUUCAUUAACACCACCGAAGGGCAGCUCCUCACCGAAGAGCUAUUUGAUUGGUUCUGCUUAGUCGUUCAGAGCACCUGGUACAGCUUAGUCGUUGGUAGCCGUGACCGCUGUGAGGUUAGUUAGUGCUAGUCAGUGCCGUGUCACCGCACUGGCGGGGAUCCUCUCUCACGGAGGACGACGACAUUCUGGGGUAGUCUGUCGGAGCUGACAUCAUAAGCCGGAGGUUAUGAAGAAGAAGAAGCGAAAGCGUUUUAAAGAAAAUAAGAGGAGGGGGGGGGGGGGGGGGGGCGGCAAGGUUGAUUGGGGUGUAGUUAAAGUUUCAGCAUGUCCAUGGGACACCUUUGAAGUGCUGCCCGUUUAAGCCUAGUGGGGUUUGCACUGCGGAGACGAUGGCAGUAGCAUGGGAAAGACAUGGGUUUUGUGGUUCUGAGGGGAGCUGAGACGAGCGGAGAGCAUGAAUCACAUCGCGCUUUGCUCGCCACCGCACCGCGGGUUCCGAAGACAUGCCGAGCCCUGUCAUCACCGGCUAUCUAUGGUGUUAGAGAAAUUAGGGCCCAUGAAGUGACACUGCACACGGUGGCUGGGACAUUAAAUAAAACACUAACUUAUUCCUCUCCUGUAAACGUUUUCUACACGUGUUGUAGGGCCAAUUUUUGUCGUCUUGCCCACGGUGGAGUUGGUUGCACAUUCAUCUCAAUUAUGCUUUUAUUGCAGUUUCGCCAUGUGUUUGAUAUGACGACGCCUUUCUUUCCCUCUCCUCUUUCCUCUCUCCCCUGCUUUCCACUCCCUUCUUCUUCUUCCCGUCUAGUCGGCAAGCCACAUUGCUGCCAGCCCCAAAGUGAACGCCACAGUGAAAAAGUCCAAUGUGAAGUAUGCUGCUUGGGCCACCAAUCAAAUCAACCGAGCCUAUCAGGUGAGUUACAGAGGGCAGGUGUCAACUUUAAUUUUGGAAGCUACACCAUUUACAUUUUAGUCAUUUAGCAGACGCUCUUAUUCAGAGCGAUUUACAGUAGUGCAUACAUUUUCAUACUUUUUUUCGUACUGGUCUCCCGUGGUAAUCGAACCCACAACCCUGCCGUUGCAAGCGCCAUGCUUUACCGACUGAGCCACAUGGGUCCUUUCCCACUUGCCUUUUCCACUUAACUGUUCCUAUACAACAAGGGUAGUCAGCCCUGGUUCUGUAGUGCCACAGGUACUUUAUGUAUUUUAUUGAACAUUUCUGCUUUAGACCAGGUGAGAUUAAUCUAGCCAAUCACUGUUGGUGAGGUUAUUGGCAGAAUUAGGUGUGGUGCCUAGGGCUGUUGUGGAGACCAUAUUCAUCAAAACAGUAUCAUGCUUUUAAAUCUCGCUGUUAGGCUACAUUUUUUGACCUCUCUGUGAUGAUCAAUUUGAAGAAAGAAGUUUAACAAAAGGUUGAAACUGAGUGAAAAACAUGGUCGUUGUGGAUGUCGUUUCAAAGUAGUGCUGUGGCUGUCACAAAAUGUCGUCAGCCGGUGAUUGUCAAGCAAAUAACUGUCGGUCUCACGAUAAUUGACUGUUAAUUAACAUAAACACAUUUAGCAUCUCCUGGCUUCCACACACAGCCUACAACCCACUGAUGUAGACCUUUGGAACAUCUACAUUUUUAAAAAGUCUAUAUCCUACACCUUCACAAUAAAUCCAUUAUUUAUUUUAGACAGGUCUAAAGAAACAUGAUAUGAAGAAAAUGUAGUCUAUUUCAGAAGAACAGAAUAGUAUUCCGUUUCAUUAUUUUCUAUUAUUUUAUAGUAUGAAGAAUACAAUUGAAUAAAGCUGAAUAAAAUAGAAAGGAUAUUUUCUCCAAAUGAUUUGAGGGAGUGCGCACAUAUGGCUAUUCUGUGUUGAGCAGUUAAAGAAAUAGGUCCUCCUAUAUGCUUAAUUUAGAGUUAUUAAUGUAACUUUAGUUGUUCUACAAACGUUGGGCUAUAUGUUCUGAUUUUUAAUACAUUUUAAGGCUGCAUGAUAAGUCACUUGAAAGGCAUAAGCUCUGCUUUGUUUUUUGCGCAGGCUGUACACACUUCAUCAGUCUCUAUUUCACAAUUUGAGAAGCAUUUGAUAAUGCCAUGAAUUUCACAGCGGCAUCCCCUUUGUGUGGCCAUAAUGCACCCUAAAAUAAUCCAUGCCUUCCCCCUGAGUGCUGCCUGCACCGAUGCAUUGCUCACUCACACGGCUCUCCAUCACGUGAUCGGGUCUUUCUCACAGGCUACAAGUGAAGACAGACACAUCGGGGACGCACCUGCGUGCGUCCUUAUCCAAUUCCGAGGUGCAUAUUGAAGAUAUUGGAAGAACUGUCCACAUUUACUUUUUGUCAGCCAACAAGAUAGUAGGCCUAACGAACAGCAAAAGCACUAGCCUAUGUCAAUCUACUAUCCCCCAUAGUACAAAAGUUGCCCUAUUCUGUGCGAGAAAUAAAUAUUCCAAACAUAGUCUGGGACAGUUGUGGGAUGCGAUAGAUCCCAAAUGUAUACAACCACUAGCAUAAAAAAAAAGUGAUAGGCUAAUAUUGUCACCUAUCAGACUAUUCUUGAUUUAAUCUUGUCUUUACAUACAUUUUCUACAUUGUAAACUCAGCAAAAAAAGAAAUGUCCUCUCACUGUCAACUGCGUUUAUUUUCAGCCAACUUAACAUGUGUAAAUAUUUGUAUGAGCAUAACAAGAUUCAACAACUGAGACAUAAACUGAACAAGUUCCACAGACAUGUGACUAACAUAAAUUGAAUAAUGUGUCCCUGAACAAAGGGGGGGUCAAAAUCAAAAGUAACAGUCAGUAUCUGGUGUGGCCACCAGCUGCAUUAAGUAUUGCAGUGCAACUCCUCCUCAUGGACUGCACCAGAUUUGCCAGUUCUUGCUGUGAGAUGUUACCCCACUCUUCCACCAAGGCACCUGCAAGUUCCCGGACAUUUCUGGGGGGAAUGGCCCUAGCCCUCACCCUCCGAUCCAACAGGUCCCAGACGUGCUCAAUGGGAUUGAGAUCCGGGCUCUUCGCUGGCCAUGGCAGAACACUGACAUUCCAGUCUUACAGGAAAUCAUGCACAGAAUGAGCAGUAUGGCUUGUGUCAUUGUCAUGCUGGAUGGUCAUGUCAGGAUGAGCCUGCAGGAAGGGUACCACAUGAGGGAGGAGGAUGUCUUCCCUGUAACGCACAGCGUUGAGAUUGCCUGCAAUGACAACAAGCUCAGUCCGAUGAUGCUGUGACACACCGCCCCAGACCAUGACGGACCCUCCACCUCCAAAUCGAUCCCGAUCCAGAGUACAGGCCUCGGUGUAACGCUCAUUCCUUCGACGAUAAACGCGAAUCUGACCAUCACCCCUGGGUGAGACAAAACCGCGACUCGUCAGUGAAGAGCACUUUUUGCCAUUCCUAUCUGGUCCAGUGACGGUGGGUUUGUGCCCAUAGGCGACGUUGAUGCCGGUGAUGUCUGGUGAGGACCUGCCUUACAUUAGGCCUACAAGCCCUCAGUCCAGCCUGUCUCAGCCUAUUGCGGACAGUCUAAGCACUGAUGGAGGGAUUGUGCGUUCCUGGUGUAACUCGGGCAGUUGUUGUUGCCAUCCUGUACCUGUCCCGCAGGUGUGAUGUUCAGAUGUACCGAUCCUGUGCAGGUGUUGUUACACGUGGUCUGCCGCUGCGAGGACGAUCAGCUGUCCGUCCUGUCUCCCUGUAGCGCUGUCUUAGGCGUCUCACAGUACGGACAUUACAAUUUAUUGCCCUUGCCACAUCUGCAGUCCUCAUGCCUCCUUGCAGCUUGCCUAAGGCACGUUCACGCAGAUGAGCAGGGACCCUGGGCAUCUUUCUAUGGGUGUUUUUCAGAGUCAGUAGAAAGGCCUCUUUAGUGUCCUAAGUUUUCAUAACUGUGACUUUAAUUGCCUACCAUCUGUAAGCUGUUAGUGUCUUAACGACCGUUCCACAGGUGCAUGUUCAUUAAUUGUUUAUGGUUAAUUGAACAAGCAUGGGAAACAGUGUUUAAACCCUUUACAAUGAAGAUCUGUGAAGUUAUUUAGAUUUUUACGAAUUAUCUUUGAAAGACAGGGUCCUGAAAAAGGGACGUUUCUUUUUUUGCUGAGUUUAGAAUAAUAGUGAAGACAUCAAAACUAUGAAAUAACACAAAUGGAAUCAUGUAUUAAACAAAUCUAAAUAUAUUUUAUAUUUGAGAUUCUUCAAAGUAGCACCCUUUGCCUUGAUGACAGCUUUGCACACUCUUGGCAUUCUCUCAACCAGCUUCAUGAGGUAGUCACCAUGGAAUGCAUAUCAAUUAACAGGUGUGCCUUGUUAAAAGUUAAUUUGUGGAAUUUCUUUCCUUAAUGUGUUUGAGCCAAUCAGUUGUUUUGUCACAAUGUAGGGGUGGUAUACAGAAGAUAGCCCUAUUUAGUAAAAGACCAAGUCCAUAUUAUGGCAAGAACAUCUCAAAUAAGCAAAGAGAAACGACAGUCCAUCAUUACUUUAAGACAUGAAGGUCAGUCAAUCUGGAACAUUUCAUGAACUUUGAACGUUUCUUCAAGUGCAGUCGCAAAAACUAUCAAGCGCUAUGAUGAAACUGGCUCUCAUGAGGACCACCACAGGAAAGGAAGACCCAGAGUUACUUCUACCUCUGCUGCAGAGGAUAAGUUCAUUAGAGUUAACUGCACCUCAGAUUGCACUUAGUGGGACUAUCAUUUGUUUUUCAACAGGACAAUGACCCAAAACGCCUCCAGGCUGUGUAAGGGCUAUGACCUGGCCUCCACAAUCACCCGACCUCAACCCAGUUGAGAUGGUUUGGGAUUAGUUGGACCGCAGAGUGAAGAAAAAACAGCCAUCAAGUGCUCAGCAUAUGUGGGAACUCAUUCCAGAUGACUACCUCAUGAAGCUGGUUGAGAGAAUGUCAAGAGUGUGCAAAGCUUUCAUCAAGGCAAAGCGUGGCUACUUGAAGAAUCUGAAAUAUAAAAUGUGUUUAACACUUUUUUGGUUACUACAUGAUUCCAUAUGUGUUAUUUCAUAGUUUUGAUGUCUUCACUAUUAUUCUACAAUGUAGAAAAUAGUAAAAAAUUAAGAAAUACUCUUGAAUGAGUACAGUGAGGGGAAAAAAGUAUUUGAUCCCCUGCUGAUUUUGUACGUUUGCCCACUGACAAAGACAUGAUCAGUCUAUAAUUGUAAUGGUAGGUUUAUUUGAACAGUGAGAAACAGAAUAAUUAUAAAUUGAUUUUCAUUUUAAUGAGGGAAAUAAGUAUUUGACCCCUCUGCAAAACAUUACUUAGUACAUGGUGGCAAAACCCUUGUUGGCAAUCACAGAGGUCAGACGUUUCUUGUAGUUGGCCACCAGGUUUGCACACAUCUCCGGAGGGAUUUUGUUCCACUCCUCUUUGCAGAUCUUCUCCAAGUCAUUAAGGUUUCGAGGCUGACGUUUGGCAACUCUAACCUUCAGCUCCCUCCGCAGAUUUUCUAUGGGAUUAAGGUCUGGAGACUGGCUAGGCCACUCCAGGACCUUAAUGUGCUUCUUCUUGAGUCACUCCUUUGUUGCCUUGGCCGUGUGUUUUGGGUCAUUGUCAUGCUAGAAUACCCAUCCACGACCCAUUUUCAAUGCCCUGGCUGAGGGAAGGAGGAUCUCACCCAAGAUUUGACGGUACAUGGCCCCGUCCAUCGUCCCUUUGCGGUGAAGUUGUCCUGUCCCCUUAGCAGAAAAACACCCCCAAAGCAUAAUGUUUCCACCUCCAUGUUUGACGGUGGGGAUGGUGUUUUUGGGGUCAUAGGCAGCAUUCCUCCUCCUCCCAACACGGCGAGUUGAGUUGAUGCCAAAGAGCUCGAUUUUGGUCUCAUCUGACCACAACACUUUCACCCAGUUCUCCUAUGAAUCAUUCAGAUGUUCAUUGGCAAACUUCAGACAGGCCUGUAUUUGUGCUUUCUUGAGCAGGGGGACCUUGCGGGCACUGCAGGAUUUCAGUCCUUCACGGCGUAGUGUGUUACCAAUUGUUUUGCUUGGUGAGUUGGUCCCAGCUGCCUUGAGAUCAUUGACAAGAUCCUCCUAUGUAGUUCUGGGCUGAUUCCUCACCGUUCUCAUGAUCAUUGCAACUCCACGAGGUGAGAUCUUGCAUGGCGCCCCAGGCCGAGGGAGAUUGACAGUUCUUUUGUGUUUCUUCCAUUUGCGAAUAAUCGCACCGACUGUUGUCACCUUCUCACCAAGCUGCUUGGCGAUGGUCGUGUAGGUCUACAAUCUUGUCCCUGACAUCCUUGGAGAGCUCUUUGGUCUUGGCCAUGGUGGAGAGUUUGGAAUCUGAUUGAUUGAUUGCUUCUGUGGACAGGUGUCUUUUAUACAGGUAACGAGCUGAGAUUAGGAGCACACUCUUAAAGGGAGUGCUCCUAAUCUCAGCUUGUUACCUGUAUAAAAGACACCUGUCCACAGAAGCAAUCAAUCAGAGAUUAGGAGCACUCCCUUUAAGAGUGUGCUCCUAAUCUCAGCUCGUUACCUGUAUAAAAGACACCUGGGAGCCAGAAAUCUUUCUGAUUGAGAGGGGGUCAAAUACUUAUUUCCCUCAUUAAAAUGCAAAUCAAUUUAUAACAUUUUUGACAUUAGUUUUUCUGGAUUUUGUUGUUGUUAUUCUGUCUCUCACUGUUCAAAUAAACCUACCAUUAAAAUUAUAGACUGAUCAUUUCUUUGUCAGUGGGCAAACGUACAAAAUCAGCAGGGGAUCAAAUACAUUUUUUCCCUCACUGUAGGUGUUCUAAAACUUUUGACCGGUAGUGUAAAUGCGUAUUUAAUAUAACUCUUUUCUGCCAUAAGGGGUGAUAUAUGUUGCUUAUUUAGGCAUUGACAGUUAAACAUGUAAUAAGCAGUUCCUUGCUCUGCAUGUGCGGGCUCUGUCGGGAGAGUGGAACCCCGCUGAGCCACUAAAGCCCACGUCUUGACACACUCAGCGCUGUCUUUCCCUCCUGGAGUGCUGGGAGGGUUUCCACCACAGAGGUUAGUAGUAGUAUGGGUGUUGGGUCUCUAACACGUUGGGUGUUGAUUAAUCAAGAACACUUAACUGUGUUAGUUUUCCAACACUGUGGGUGGUGUCAAUCAGUCAGUCAGGCACACUUUACAAUGUUACACUCAACACUGUGGGUGUGGAAUAUUUAUUCACAUUUUAAGUGUUUCUAUUUGGUGAGUAAAUGCACAAGGGAAAAUAACAUGUGUGUUUGGUCUCCACUCUCAGACAGAGCCAGAGCCACACCCUUAUCAGCCAGGGAACAGGAAGAGGCUACCGGCGGGCCCGGCCAGCAACCUGUUGGGCUGUGUUUGUUUUAAGUUGCCUGGUAAUGGCAGGGGCAGCAGAGCAGCGGGACCCCACCCUGCGUGUGAGAGGAAAAAUGACAGGGCGCAAGGUUGACUUUUCUUCUCCUCCUUUUUAA